UUUUACGGCAAGAAUCAAUAAGCGGACAGCGCAGGGAAGAAAUCACAAAACCUUCGCAAACACGACAUCAAAGUAGAACCUCCAAGCUGUUUGCCAUCGUUCACGUGUCCGAUCUCGUAUCGCACAGUUAUGACCAUCGCUGGACGAAGCAGCGAUCGAGACAUCGGAUCUUUCCCUCACGACGACACGACAAGAAGGACGAGGCGUCCAAAAAAGCGAACAGUGAAGGUUCCGACGACUAUAGCGACUACUACCGGCGGCACGACCUCGCGGACGAAGAUACGAUCGUGGAAGAGGAUUCGUUUUCGGAUGUCGAUUUCUGGAAGAACAACCAGAAAGCGCUAGAUUUUAUGGAGGACGAGUGUCAGAAAAGGCUAACUACCAAAGCCUCCGUCCAACAAGAAUCCGCGACAGGCAAGGAUGGGCAGCUGCGGGAGAAAAACCUCAAGGUGGCAAAGGAACUACAAAAGGACGUCGAUGGUGAACACCUUGCGAACUCGAAGAUAUCAUCGGCAAGUAGACCUCUCCGCUGCAUAGACCGCAUUCUGGCUAUUCCGAAGAACACAGUCCCCGGGCUCCACUACGACGCGUUUGUUGAAAGAGGUGAUAAAAAUUCGAAGAUGAGCUCCGUUCUACCGCCGCGGAAUACAAUUGCAGCUCCCACUGCGACCACUUCUGCCGAUUCUUCCCCUCUGAAACAGCUGCUACAAGACACGUACCAAGUCAUUAUCCGUCAGGACUGGGACCUGCGAACUGACAUUUUCCAGCACCUGCACGACUCGCACUACUGGGUGAAUUUUGUCUCAAAUCAAACGGCGUACGCGGUGAACAUGAUUUGCGACCAGUUUAAACUGUUUGUCCUUCUGCAGUUAGCGCAAGAGUACACGGCGGUUCUGACCUUGGACUCUGACUACCUGAUCGUGCAGCCCUACCGGGUUCUGGAGUUUUUUGCGUUUUUGGGCAAAGACGAAAAUGAGAAUUUGGCGUUUAUGACGCCGGAGGGGCCGCUCCACGUGUCGAUGAUAUCGUGAGGAAAAAUCCCCCCUCCCCAUACCAAAAAGGGACACUGCUGAAAAUUUGCGAUGCUGAUUUGUGGCCACAGAUCGUCUCUGUAUUGCAAGAAGGCCAAGCCAGAGACUCCGCCGCAUUUUGCAGGCGGUUUCUGAUGCUAUGGGGCCUACAGAGUACACAUUUGCCAUGCUACGCGCCUACGUCAAAACCCUCCUACUUAGGCUUGGCAUGGGCCUGCAGUCCUCUACUGCAAGACAGACCUGAUUUGUGUGCCCAAGUCCAGCAUUAGAAACUUCCUCUUGAUAUGGGGAGGGGGGAUUUCUCCUCUCAGUAGAUGAUGGCCGCGAGUCACGUCACGUGGCGGGCGGACCUGGCGGUGCAGGAAGCGUGGCGGAGGAUCGUUUUGCGUGUGUUCGAUAUGCACAGCGGCACGGAACUGUUUCCACCGGCGUAUGUGAAGGAACAUCAGGCACUUCUUCUAGCGAGCAACAAAAAUGAAAGGGGCGAACAGGAGCUAGCAGCGGAAAGCGAAGUCGUCCCUUCGCGAAGUAGCAAUAGUGGCAGAAAUGAUGUAGAGCGGCGGGAAAAGAACGAAAUGCAGAGCACGCACUCGUCGACGCCGUUGAGGUCUUGGACGGAAAGCUACGGUCUGACGGAGUACAGGGCGCUGCAGAGAAUUGCCGGACGCAGAUGGAAAGCCUGGUAUAAGGAACGACAAGGGCAGCUUUUGAAGGCAGCACCAGUUCUUGGAACCGGACAGGACCUGCAGGCGGAGGAAGGCAAUGAUUCCCAAAAGAGCAACUAUGAGAAAAGUAGCACUACAUCAACAAGUAUCCAACACCACGAGCCUCCAGCAAAAAUUACAUUUGGCUCGUUCAGAAACUUUUGGGGCAAAGAUUUCUUCCUACACAAUUUGUUCGGCGUCACACCGCCGCAAAUCGGCACCAUUGCGUAUCCGAACGCAUUAGCCGCGGCUAGCACCGAAGCUGUCGUGAAAAAGCAGCUGCUCCCGAUCUUCGACAGGACUGAUUCAGAUGAUUCUACUGCGAAAGACGAUCUAGCUCUACCGACUGCGGCAGGUGCUCCUCGAAAAUUCAAUCCGGAGGAGCUUUUCGACUACCAACAUAGAAGAAAGCCAUCAGGAAUUAUAUCGACGCCCGAACACCAGGAGUUGAGCAUGCUACAAGAAGAAUAUGCCGGAAGACCUUCUGCAUCCAAGUCGAAGCGGGUGCUGCACAGUCACGAGCACAGCGGGGUGACAGAUACUGCAGAAAGUGGCGGCACUGGUAGAAUUGUCGUGCGUGGACAACAUCCAACAUCGACUAGCAGUGGUACAACACCAAGUCCGGAUGGAAGCAAAAUACAAGCCACUGCUGCAAAAUCUUCGAACAUUUUAUUUUCUCCAAAACCGGACCUGCCCCCGAAGUUCUUCGCGCGGAUCGGUCACACCCCUCACCCCGUGCCCCGGACGCACAUUGGGUUCCAAACGAUCAACGGGCAGAACCUGUACGGUGUGCGAACGGUCGGCGGGCAGGGGGUGACAGGAUAUUUGCUUGGGUUCGUCCUGCCGAAUUGGGAAAGGAGGUUUGAGAUGCUGGAAGAAUGGAAAGACGAGGGUGGUAGAAAUAUUAAAGCGAAACAAGAACAUGAUCUCCGUGAAGACCACGCGGAACAUGAGUCGGCUCCAACAAAUAGAAGCAAGUCCUCGCCCACGUCGACAAGCUUUCGCCUGCGACUGCUCCCCAUGUGCCGUUGGGCCUACAUGGUUCAGAUGGAACACGACGAGUUUCAUUGCGACGGGGACCUGGGACCCCCGGUUCUCGUGCACAAGCCGGACCAGGGGCUGGCGCUGUACAUGCGGAAGUGGGCGCGGUUGCGCCAGUGCAAGGUGGGGGAGUAGACGGAACCUCAGACCUCAUCUGCACAGUGGUUGCUUUUUCGCAGAGCAACGCUUCCUCCUGCGCAACGAUUCCUCCUAAUACAUAGGGUAUGCCGGGUGUGUGUAGCAUUGAGCUGCAGUGUGGUAGCAUGUAGAUGUGGCCGCCUGGUGAAGCUUGUCGGUGCUCAUGCCGCAGCCGCUGUGAUGUGACCGAAAUAAUGCAGGAUCCGAUUGGGCGGAAAAAUUAGAUAAAGGACCUGAAAUUUUCUCUGUGGCUUCAAUAGUUGGUGACAGAUUGUUGUCUCAGUCAUUUGCCUGAAAAGCAGAGUUCGCUGUGCCGGUGCUUGCAAGGAUUGGAUGUGGUGGUCCCCCAGUUCAUUUUUUUUGGUUCUAAC